UGCAUGUCUGAUGUUCCCAGGCUGAGCUAGGCAGCCCCUCUCUGCACAGGAGUCUUUCUUCCCAUUGAAAGAGAGAGUUUACUUAAGGCUCAGAGGAGACAUGGGGGAGGAUGGUUUGGCCUGUGGGUGGGAUUAUUUUCUUGUGCCUUUUUUGUGUUUCUUCAGAUUAUAAUUGUUCAGUAACUUUAUAUCUCAGUCACUUGGAUUCAGCACAAAGGAGGACUUACAAUGUUCGAGCCAAAGCCUCUCUUGCUGCGUCAGGUGCCAUUCCACUUCGACUCUCUGGGAAGGAUUGCGGAGCUGAUCCAGGGAGAAAGAGGAGUUUGCCCUGAUUAACCUUGUUCAGAGACUUACCUGGUAACACUUGGACAGAUGGCUCCGGAAUCACCAGCUUCUUAGUAUGAGCAAAGAUCAUAGGAGAUGGGGAUCCAGCCAGCAAGGGCUGAGCUGAUGUCUGAGUUGUCCUGUUCCCAAAGCAGUAUCUGGCUGGCUGGUGCCUUUAAAUGUUCCUUGCCAUGGAGACACUAAGGGAAUCUGUUCUACAUUUGACAUUUCAGAUGUCCACCUACAGGCGGGCAACGCUGGAUGAGGAAGAUCUGGUAGACUCGAUCGGGGAAGGAGAGAUUUACUCUAAUGGAAUCCAGGUAAAUUUCCGUGGCUCUGGGAACAGCAGGAGUUGCUGGACAGAACGCACUCACAUUGAGAAGCGUCUCCUGGUCCUGAUCGUGGUUCUGGCACUCGGCCUCUUGGCCUGUGUCUUAGCCCUGGGAUUCCAGUACAGAGAUAGGCCAUCCAAGUUGUGUCUGACGGAAGCCUGCAUCUCCGUGACCAGCUCCAUCCUGAGCUCUCUGGACCGGUCAGUGAGCCCCUGCGAGGAUUUCUUCAAAUAUGCCUGUGGUGGGUGGAUGAAGGGAAACCCCAUGCCCGAUGGCCGUUCACGCUGGGGCACCUUCAACAACCUCUGGGAGCACAACCAGGCUAUCAUGAAGCACCUUCUAGAAAACACCACAUCAAAUGUGUCCAGCGAGGCCGAGCGCAAGGCCCAGCGCUAUUACCAGUCCUGCAUGAACGAGACCAAGAUCGAGGAGCUGAAGGCCAAACCACUGAUGGAGCUGAUUGAGAAGCUCGGUGGCUGGAAUAUCACGGGUCCCUGGGACAAAGAUAACUUCAACAAGACCCUGCAGGAGGUCAUGGCGUACUACCACACCUCACCCUUCUUCUCUGUCUACGUGAGCGCUGACUCCAAGAACUCCAACAGCAACAUCAUCCAGGUAGACCAGUCGGGACUCGGGUUACCUUCCAGAGAUUACUACCUGAACAAAACGGAGAAUGAGAAGGUACUUACUGGAUACCUGAAUUACAUGGUGCAGCUGGGCAUGCUCCUGGGAGGGGCAGAUGAGGAGGCCACCCGGCAGCAGAUGCAGCAGAUCUUGGACUUUGAGACAGCGCUAGCCAACAUCACUAUCCCUCAGGAGAAGCGCAGGGAUGAGGAAGUGAUCUACCACAAAGUGACAGCCGGAGAGCUCAAGAACCUGGCGCCAGCUAUCAAUUGGAUGCCUUUCCUCUCCACUGUGUUCUACCCGGUGGAACUCAAUGAAUCCGAGCCAGUGGUUGUCUAUGCCAAAGAGUACUUGGAGCAAGUCUCCAGCCUCAUCCAAGCCACGGACAGAUGCCUCCUGAACAGCUACAUGAUCUGGAACCUGGUGAGGAAAACCAGCUCCUUCCUGGACCAGCGCUUCCAGGAAGCAGAGGAGAAAUUAAUGGAAGUAAUGUAUGGGACCAAGAAGACCUGUCUGCCACGCUGGAAGUUCUGCAUCAGCGACACCGACAACAGCCUGGGCUUUGCGCUGGGAGCCAUGUUUGUUAAAGCCACUUUUGCAGAGGACAGCAAGAAAAUAGCCGAGGAAAUGAUUACAGAAAUUAAAACUGCCUUUGAGGAAAGCCUGGCCACUCUGCAGUGGAUGGAUGAAGAGACGAGGAAAUCUGCCAAGGAGAAGGCAGAUGCAAUCUAUGACUUGAUCGGCUACCCCAAGUUUAUCCUGGAUCCCAAGGAGCUUGACAAGGUGUUUCAUGAUUAUGAAGCUGUCUCCAGUCUGUACUUCGAGAACGUCAUGCAAUUUUAUAACUUCUCUGCCCGAGUGGCUGCUGACCAACUCCGGAAACCUCCAAAUCGGGACCAGUGGAGUAUGACCCCUCCAACAGUGAAUGCCUACUAUUCCCCCACCAAGAACGAGAUCGUGUUCCCAGCCGGGAUCCUGCAGGCUCCUUUUUACACCCGCACUUCCCCCAAGGCACUGAACUUUGGCGGCAUUGGCGUCGUCGUGGGCCAUGAGCUGACUCAUGCCUUUGAUGACCAAGGGCGGGAGUAUGAUAAAGACGGGAAUCUGCGCCCUUGGUGGAAGAACUCCUCAGUGGAGGCCUUCAAGCAGCAGACUGAGUGCAUAGUGGAACAGUACAGCAACUACACCGUGAACGGCGAAGCAGUGAAUGGCAAACACACUCUGGGAGAGAACAUUGCCGACAAUGGGGGCCUCAAAGCUGCGUAUCGGGCUUAUCAAAAUUGGGUGAAGAAGAAUGGGAAUGAGGAGGCUUUGCCAACGCUUGGCCUCUCCAACAACCAGCUCUUCUUUGUGGGAUUCGCCCAGGUCUGGUGUUCAGUUCGCACCCCAGAGAGCUCCCACGAAGGACUCAUCACUGACCCCCACAGUCCAUCGCGUUUCCGAGUCAUUGGUACCGUCUCCAAUUCCAAAGAGUUCUCUGAGCACUUCCACUGUCCUCCUGGCUCCCCUAUGAACCCCCAGAAGAAGUGUGAAGUUUGGUGAAAGGAAAAGGACCAGGAAAUAGUGGAAAUUAACUUUUGGCUUAUUGUUCCUUCUUCAAGAAUUGAAUUUCCCAGGCUCUCUGCUCAAAGGGCAGUUUCUUCUUUCAACGAACUGUAAAACUCUCAGCAGGAACAGAUCCCUGAGCCCUAGGUAUCAUCUGAGAUUCGAUCCACUGUGAAAACUUUUCUUAAUCUCACUCACUUGUGAAAUGUCUUUUUUUUAAACCUUGCAUAAGGUAUGUGUACAUAUGCAUGUGUCUGCACUGACCCAUAUUUACACAUACACAGUUAAGCCCCUGCCCUGUCACAGGCUUGAAGACUUUUUCUAAUUGAUAAAGGGAGACCCACAGAUAAAAGUGAUAACUGGUUUGACUGUGUAUCUAAAUAUGCUUUUUUUUUUUUUUUUUUCAAAAAUAUAUUUUUUGGAAAAUAUUUUUUGAACAUUGUGAAAUACACUGGAAAAGUUCAGGGAAAAUGCAUUUAAAAGCCUUUUUUUUUUUUAAGCAAAAGGAUUAGUAUAUUUAUUACUUAAAGUAGUGCAAUUAGAUAUGAGAAUGUCAGUAGAGACCAUUCCACCGAAACACAGGAGACUGAAGGGUGUCACUGAGGCAACAAAUUAGCUUUGCAGCCCUGGAGACCAGGAUUCUUAUUGAAUCCCUGGGAUCGCUAACAAGAUUGAAGAACUGUCCCUCUAGUCUGUUGUGGACACUGGUCCAGUGCAUAGCUGGAAGAUCUGUUCAGAGCCAGGAUGGCAAUAGCCAACUGUAGCUAGCUGGAAUUGAGUGGCAGUAGGAGACUGAGGGUAAGUGCCUUGAGAGAAGUGCGUGCAUUUAUGGUUGGGUGACAGGCCCUGACCAUAUCACUAGAGCUUUUUUUGCAGGUCUUGGAAACCAUAUUGAGCUCUGCUGAUGUACAAGGUCCAUUACAGAAAGUCUCUCAGAACAGUUUUCAGAGUGGAAGAACAGGAAACCAAAGAGAGAUUCGUUCAUUCUAUAAACCUUCCAUCUGUCUUGAAUUGAUGACAAGGUCUUUCCUCUCUUUUCUCCUGCACCCUACAGCAAGCUAAGAGCAGCACACUGUGACUGGGAUACACUGGGAUCCCAACCACCAUCUAACCUGCCUCCUGGCAGCUGUACUUGGGUAUAGUGAAAGCUGCAUUGUAAUUUUAAACCUACUUGGGCCAUCUUUAACUUCUGUAUACAAAGGAAGAGGAAGGCAGCCGGCUGCACUAGAUUAUUAAGUCCAGCUGGUACACAGACCUUCCCAAGACAGUUUGUGACACUUAAAUUAUGAGCUGUCUUUGUCUUACUGCUUUAGAACAGCCCAAGCAUAGACCAACCCUCUUUAUGUCAUGGUUGUUAUUGCUGAAAUCUGCCUUGCAUAGUAUAGUUUGGGUCAGGCACAAGUGUAAGUCACCUUGGGUUUUGUUGUAAAACUGGCAGGCUGGGGAAACGGCUCUGUUCAGACAGCUCACAAACGUGUGAAGUCUGAAGCCUCUCUCCUGUGUAAGCAGCUGACCAGUUAUUUAGCAAUACUGCUAGCAUUCCCUCUGAGGAGCUCCAUAAGGGGAUAUGUGUAACCACAGGGCCUCGUGGUCCCUGGGCUGGAGGAGAUCAUGUGGAAUAUGGUGAUUUAUUGGGCAUUCCUCUACCAUCCCAGCCACAAAUAUCUCCCACCCACCCCUCCCUCGAUUGCCUGAUAGACUGCCAGUCCUACCUCUGCUGUGCACAGUGGCAAUCCGUAGUUUAAAAGGGUGGGAAUCAGUAACCUCAGAAAGGGGGUGGAUAUUGGCUAUGCACCACCCUAGGUAGUGCCCAAUAACAAACCCAGUCUAGAGCCCUUCCAGGGCCUUACAAAUGUUCAGUUCCACCUGUGAAAGUAGCCUCUUCCCUCUGGACUGGCACAACAGCCUGGGUAUAUGCACAUUUGCUCCAGCAUGGAGUUCAGCCCACAUUUCCAGGCUCAGAUCUACACAAAUCCCAGUCUUGGAUGGGGAAAAGGGAACCUAAAAAGCAUUAAACCACCAAGAGCUAUGGAAGGCAGGAAGGCGACGGGGGAGCUCUUGGUGCCAUGGCCCCCAGGGAAAGCAGUUUGUUCAAGUCUCUCUGACUUCAUCUUGCUCCCUUUCUUCUUAUUGACACCCAGUCCCAUUCAUUGCCACUUCCUUGGACUCUUCCAAGUUGAAAUGCCUCCUUUUCUGUAAGCAAGACAUUGGAAAGGAGCCAUUGGUGUGAGCACUGUGGAUCUAGGGUACUCUAUUGAUUCUGAUGCCAAGAAGGUUGGAUCACAGGUUGGCUUACUUACUGUGUUGCAGGUAUUAGCCAAGCUCACCAUGGUCAUUGCUACAUGCAAGAGAACCCCGUGCCCUGCGAGCUGGGAAAGGCUAAGCACAUUGUAGGGCUGUAGAGGCUGGAUGUCUCUCAGUUGUUUGGGAGAGGGAAGAGCUAGUCCCCACCCGCCUUCUAAACGGAGACCUGGCAGGGGCUGGAAGAGUCAUUCUGAAUGGGCAGAGGCACAGAUCUGAUGGUCUUGCUGGGGCAGAUUCUUUCAAGUAUGGAAAUGAGCCUAGAAGCCUGUGGCCUGAUAGAGGCAACCAAGAACCCACCGUACGCAUUUUGUUCAGUGUGAGGGGCAGGCCAUGAGCAACCAAGAGUAGGCUUAGCUAUGAAGAGCCUCGUCAGCUCCUAGGCAGUGCAUUUGUCCAGAUUUCAGAUAAUGAAUGCAGAAUAACUCCUGCUGUGUCCCUGCCUCUUCCCUAAAAGCCAGGGCCCCAUUUCAGGCCCACCCUAUGGGCUUCUGUUAAAUUCCUGCUUGGCAGUCUCCUAGCCACAGGAUUGCCACAACACUACGUGCUCUCUGCAUGUGAGCCUAUGGGCUUGGGCACCGUGGCCAGGUCAGUUGUCCAGCUUUGCAUGUGGCUGUUCUGCAUUGCUAGGGGAAUUUCUUUCCAUGUCUCUCCCACUCUUUCCUCACAGCCUCCAGUGCAGAGCAAGGACAAUUUUCCUAAGCAAACUACCGCAGGUAGAGAGCUUUGUGGCUCACUAGGUGGCUUGAGGCCUUUCACACAGCAGGUUUGUUAGGCAGAGUCCUAGCAUCUCAUCCAGUGCCAGCCUUAGGAUACUUUCUUCUUUUGUCUGUCAUGUUAACCCUACGUGCUCCUCCCAGAGGUAGCCCAGUCUCACAGUUAAACCAAUCUAGGAUUGGUUACUGGACUAUAGGAACCCGGUGAUCGCUUCAAGAUGUGCUGUCAACUCAAAGAGCAGAAAGGGACCAGGGAGAUCAGGACUGUGAGCUUUCAGAGUACAGCAUCCGUUGGAGCGAAGGAAGCCAGUCCCUUCAGUCUAUGCUUCCAAGAGAUCAAGGGAGCUGGCCUGGAAAGAGUCUGUAGAGACUAUGGGCUUUUCAAUAUUCUAUCCUAAAUUUUAACAGGAAACCCUGACAGAAAUGUGUGCCAGCCUCAUUUCCUCCAGCAAGGGGCACCAUCAUAUUUUAGACAAAGGGAAGGAUUUUUAGUAUUUAUAUGCUAAAGGAGGGAUUUUUGUAACUUUUUUCAAACUUCAUUGUGGCGCUUAUUGUAAUUGAAAUAAAAUACUUGUUAUUGG